AUAUUCGAUUCAAGCUAGAGAGCACAAAGUGCUGUAUUUUUGGCUUUGCUAAUCAAUAAUUCCCUAAUAGCCUUUUAGCAUAAUGUAAUUCAAUUGAUCAAAGAGAGAACGAGGCGUCUGCAACUCCUCCUUACAGCCUUGGGGAAAUCUGGUCCUGGAAAGCAGACGUUGACCUAUCACAGGGCUGUUCAGAGAGAAAACCCACGUUUCCACCGAGUGUGUAGUACAGUAAUUAUUUUUUUUGGCAUUUCAAUUAGGGACCGUACCAAAGUAACCGACCAGAAACUUAGUGCCCUGAAUGGUACUGUACAGUCCCUUGCGACCUUCUCACACAAAGCUUGAUGUCUUUUUGAGACAAAAAGCCAAAAACUGAACAUUGAUUUAUGGUUAUGGUAAACGUCUAAGUCACACACACCUUUUAUGAGUACUUUUAUGAGUUAAAAUUAGUACAAUAAAGGUUUAGGCUCAACAUUAAUGCUAAUCAGCUCUUAUUGAACUGUAACCUCUGAAAACUACCAAAAUAGUCAAGCCAGUGUUGUUGUGAAGGAAAAUGAUCCCCGGUGAACGGCUUCUGUCGCCUGCCGUAAAUAGUAAACCCACAAUAUCAAUGUUGCCUUUUCAUUGUUUGGUGUCCAUGCUGUGUUGUGGAUGAGCAGUGAAACAUCUGCAUGUGAGGAGGAAACAUUUAUGACAACUCAGCGAAGACUUCACGACCAGAACCACAGAGGAUUCACCACGAGAUGCCCAACCACUGAUCAACCUCAAAAACGGAAAGACGGCCACGCUGCAGCUCAAACUUUAUGGGCUUUAUGUGUCAGAGUGAAGGAAGGAGGAGUGUGUGAAGGUAACAAUAAGAGCGUGACCCGAACCAUUCCUCAUCUGUCAGACAUGGCAGUGGUUCUGUGAUGGCCCAGACAUGUAUGGAUGCCAAUGGAACUGGCAGUCUGGCAUAUAUUGACGAUUUCCAUGCUGACAGAAGUCAACAGGAGCAUCCUGUGAGCUCAGAGUCAGUCGGACGCGUCGAAACAGAUUGCACAACAUUUCAUCAUUCGACAGGACAAGCUAUUCUAAACCUGCAGCCAAAGAAGUGGAGUAGACGAUGAGCCCAGUCUGUCACCUGAUGUCUGCGUACAGCUUCCUGAAGACCAGACAGUGAGAUCCUGUAACGCAGUCUCAAAUGCUGCUCAACUACUUUGAAUGUGGCAGCCUCAAGCGUUGUCAAAUUGUAUUAUUGAGCUUUUUCUUUUGUUCUUGCUGUGUGACGUUGAGAUGUGUGCAUCUGUGCAUUAUAUCAAUUGUCCAUCGCACUGGCAGUCUUCAAAGUUCCAUAGUAACUUAAGACAUCCCAUAAGAGAGAAACAGGUCGUAGCAGAGAGAGAUGUGUUACAUAAAAAUGUGCAGAAAUUUCCAUUGAUAAUUUUGAUUCAAAGCCAAUCAAAGCCAGACACAACAACAGAUGCCUUUGAUCUUUGAAGAUGUUGAAGAACUUUGAAAGUGUGCAGACAGAAAUCUUUUUUUUUUAAUCCUGUGGAGGGCAGCGUUGCCCCUCUUCACAUACAACCUGUUGGAAAUAAUUUUUCGAAGAAGAAGGCCAAAGUAAUGCAACAUUAUGGAUGCGAGACGCGACUGCCAUAAAGCAACGAAAAAGAAAAGGAAGAAGGACAACAAGCGCGACAAGAAAUGGAGUGACCGUGAAAGAGAAGGCUAGCCAAAGGACAGAGGAGAAGAAGGCAGUAAUGCACAAUUACAGAUGACAACUCAGCUUUCACAUUUGCAUUCACUGCCUUUUCAGAGGGAAAAGUAUGUUCCGGUUCCACUUUGUCAGAGUCCAGUUUAGUAAACAUUACUGACUCCAAUAGGAGGUUUAUUCUGGUGGAGGAAAAGCCACGUUGCCGGGCAGAAUGUCCUACAGAGAAUUAAGAGACUUCACUGAAAUGAUGAGAGCGUUGGGCUUUCACAGGCUGAUCUCCAUCGAAAACUUCCGAACGCCAAACUUCACGUUAGUGGCAGAGAUCUUGAUGUGGCUCGUCAAGAGAUUUGAACCUCACACGGACAUUUCCUCAGACGUGGCGACAGAGUCCGACAGAGUGUUCUUCAUCAAGGCCGUGGCCAAGUUCAUGGCAACGGAGGUCGACGUCAAGCUGAACACCAAACACCUUUACCAGGCCGAUGGGUACGCAGUGAAAGAGAUGCUGAAGAUCACCGCGAUGUUGCACGCGCCUAUCAAGACCAAACACAUGGCCCUGGAGGACAGGGUCCAGGAAGCUAACAACAAGUUCAAGUUUGAGCUCGGCUCGCGGAUUUCAGACAUUAAAGCGGCGCGGCAGCUGGCGUCCGAGGUCAUGUCUAAAGGAGCGUCUCUCCACGAUCUACUGGGACAAGAGGUGAAACUGUGGGAGAAGAGAACCGCUGCCAUCGCAAGACCUUUGGAGAUCAACAAGACUGAGAAGGUCCUGACAGCGACCAUCAGGGAGGUUCAUGAGAGCAUCGAGAAGACCAAAGACGUGCUGAGCAAUGUCAUGUGUGACGAGACCACACUGGACGGCAAGAUUGAGAAGAAGAGGCAGGAGCUCGAGAGGAAGCAGAAGAAGCUGCAGUCGCUGCAGAGCGUCAAGCCGGUUUUCAUGGACGAAUACGAGGCCAUCGAGCAGGAGCUGAAAAGGCAGUAUGAGAUCUUUGUGGGCAAGUUCGGCAAUCUCUGCUACCUGGAGUCGCAGCUGGAUGAGUAUCACAGACAGGAGAAGGAGAGGACUGAAAACACAAAGAAGAUGCAGCACAAACUGAGGGAGAGGGAGAGAGAUAUGAGGAGGAGGAGGAGGUCCGAGACGGACAAGGACGAUUUAGAGGAUCAAUCAGAGGAUGAAUCGGAAGCAAAAUCACAAUCGGGCUCAAACAGCGACUUAGAAGAGUCAAACUUCUGAUUCUGGGCCAACACUUAACUGCACCAGGAGCUCGUUUUUGGGUGGUGACGCUAAAAAUGAUGAACUGAAAGAGUGAACAGCGAUCGCUGACUCAUUGUGUGGCUUUUAAUUUGCUUGUUUUUUUUCCUGUUUUGACGUGCGAUACAAACACAGUUAUGUUCGAUGCUUUUUAUGGGAACUGAAAUUGCAGCAUAGAUCAAUGUUCUUGAUCUACUGAACCCACACUUUUACAACCGUAAAAAAAAUACCUUUUUCAAAUCUACUUCAUAUUUUAUUAAGUUAUGUAUUUGUGACAUUCUGUUAUACUGUAAUUACAAUCACAGGAUUGUACGAAAGAAAGAAAGCAAUAAAAUACUAAGCUUGUCAUAAAACCAACACAAAAAGUGUUAUUGGUCUUAUCUUAGUUAUGUAACAUCAUUUAUUCACUUUUCUCUUGUAACUUCAAAAUAGCAGAUCAGUAUUUUCUCAGUUUGGAGGAAAGUGUUGUCUCCAGCGAGAGACAAAACCACGAGCAUUCUUCCAAAUCUGUCGUCGAAUCUCCUGAUCCAGGACAAUCCAAUUUGGGCAAAUGUGUGCUGAAUAAUAAUAAUAAUUUGUAUUCUAAUAAAAAUGCAGCAACACCUGCUACCUGUCAAUUUAUUUUCUGUGUCUAUUUCCUUAUUGAGGAAAUAAAUCAAGUGUGUGUUGAACAGGGAGAAUUGAAAAUGACUGAAAAGCCCCCACAGUUACAUAAGUGUGA